CCGAUGCGUUCAGUCUGAGUCUGGCCUUCGAACGAGUAGGAAGUGUUUUCCCACGAUUUCCACGAGAGGAAACUGAGGAAUCAGCAGGUGGAUAGUGGGGUGAGAGUGUUGGCAAAGAAAAUGUUGUUGUAAAUUUAUGUAAUACCUUCCGGUGAGGAAAUUUUUGGGAUAUUUAAGAUUUAUGCUAACGCUAAUUGACUGUAACGGAAUCCCGUCGCUGGAGCAGAACUCCCGUUAGGAACAACAGUAAGUCAAAGGUUUGGAGCUUGCUGAAAGAGCUCAGCUGGGAUUCACAGAGGGACAGGGUCAGUUCCAGAGAAAUCUCGCCAGCGAGAAACCCCUUAUCAGCGCGCUCGUGUUGUGCAAUGUAAAAGUGUGGUUGUGUGCAAUAGCUGCGUAGGUGACACACUGUGAACUGGUGCAACUAUAGCCAAAGGAAGGAGUGAAUAGUGGGAGAACCUUGAGCUGCGAAGCUCCAAGCUUGUCCAGGACGCGACCUGUGAGCAAAGUGAACCAGACGUCCGACGCCCGGAGACUUUUUAAUCCAUUUCAAAACAACGAGAUUCAGUAAUAGAGAGAGUGUGAGUGAGGGGAAGAAGCUGCGACAAGGUAGAUCCGGAUCCGGUUCACGAUGGAUGAAGCAGUAGUGAUUUAGCAGAACCUUGCUCGCAUGGGAAAAGUUCAAACUGGUGUAAAAGCUGAAGCUGCUACAGUGCGAAUGGGAUCGAUAAAUUACAGAAAUAGUAGCGCGGUGGCGUAGAUUCCAAUGUGCUAAAUUGUGCUGAGUAAUAGAUUCUACCCCCGGUUCAGAGCAGAAGGAAAUAAAAGUGCAAACUGCAACGUUGAACUUCGCUGAACGAGUCCCCCAGGACGACCCCACGAGAAAAGCAGCAGCAGCAAACACUAUUGAGGUCUCGAGGCGCUCUGGGCCGCCACCGUAGCCAUGAGUAACCACCGUGGUCAACCCACCUCCUCCACCGCCGUCCUCGACUUGUCCACCCCCAACGUGCACCCCGUGGACCGAUGGACCGGUCGUCCGGAACGUUCUUCACCGGUGGUGGCGGUGGCACGUACUGUCCCUACAGUACCGAUUCCAGCUCGUCGUCCUACGUGCGCCCGUUCGACACUGUAAGAGCGCUGCACGAGACGGUUGUGUCACUCAGGGAGGCACUCGAGGAAUCGCGACGAGAGGUUGACCAGCUGCGCAAGCAGAUCAACGUGAGGGAUACGGUUGAAGAGGGGAAGGACUUCAAGAAGGAGCAGGGCUCGCAGCAGAACCUGAACACCAGCGUCGAGUCGGAGGAGGUACGAGCGGCUGAAAAGAAGCAGAGACGGGUGAAGAAACGGUCUAAGGUUAAGGAGGAGAGUUCAUCGCCGGUUCCGCAGGCGGAACCAAAGCAAGAAUCGCCUAAGAAGAAACAUUUGUCAAAAGAUGGUAGUCAUCAGAAGCUGUCUGUAGUGCCGGACAUUCAGAUCGUUUCGCACCCCGCGUCGGGACAUUCCGCCAUGGCGUCUCGAAUUGACGUCAAGAUCAAGGUGUCCUCGAACAUCAACGUGGACGGGAGUAGCUCCGAAGCGGAUACUUCGGAAGCUGGGAAGGAGGACGUAGAAGUUAAGGAGCAAGACACUUCAGAAACACCAGAGGAUGAAGAGAAGACGAUCGCUGAAGAUCAUCCAAAGGAAGAUCAGGACAACGAGAACGUGACCGUUAGGGAAGAGUUUAUCAAGGGUGAUUCCUCGAACCUCAAGAUCAACCUGACAAACGAGGAAAGUUUGAGUGUCCGCAAGUCCACGGAAGGGAUCAAUAUCCGGCAGACUUCGUCGGAGAACCUGCACGUGGACGUUGACCGCCAGAGCAACGCAUCCAUAUCGGACGGGGACAAUUCGGUGUUUACGGAGGACGUUACGACGCCGGUCGAGCAGGAGCAGGGUGCCGCUGGUUAUACCGCACCCGUUCCGCGGCCAUCGGUCAAGAAGAGCGAAUCGGACAACCAGGAAGAGGUGGACGACAUCGAGUUGAUCUUCUCGUCCGACGAUAACAAAGACAUCGGCCAGGAGGAUCUGGUGUCAAUUUCUGACUUUGAACCGUGGCAGGAGACCGGACAGUCGGGCACGCCGGUGUUGAUCAAGUUCAAGGCACUUUCCUCGGACCAGGAGUCCAGCAAGAAGAACUCGAUGGAGCGUAGUGAUAGUGAGGUGGCGGAGGGGGAAACGGGCAGGGAUCUAACGAAGGGGAGAAGUUUGGAGAGCCAGGACUCGAAGAAGAGUUUGGAUUUCAGUGUAAAGUCUUCCAGCUUGGAGAAGGACAACAGUUUGGAGUACGGGGAUGUGCGGAGGGAUGACAGCUUCGAUACUGGUGCUACGGGAGGGACAAGUGCUUUGGGGAAACGGUGGACAAACUAUAAUGUGCUGAUCGAGACGGACAUAUCCAAGUGUGGUAUCGUGGAGGAGAACAUCCUGGAGAUGGGCCGAAGGAAUACGUGUCCCAAUCCGCCAGCUUACAGGCCAAUAAUCCACACCGGGUCGCGCUCCCCGGCCACCGCCUCCAACCGGAGUCCGCUUGCGGUCAAAUUCUCGCGCAGUCCCCGCACCUACUCACCCCACCAGUAUCUUCCGCCGGGGAAAACCCUCCGAACGGUAACUGCCGCUUACGAUUCCAGCGGCGCAAGUUCCGGACGAUCCGGAAUGACAGCAGCAGGUAUGAGCGACGAAGCCAAGCGAUCCCGGGCCGCCCAAACCGACAUUACGGCCCUGUCCCAGCAGUGGCGCUCCGAAACGCACCUGUCCGGGGCCGAGUACGGUGCCGGGCUGUACACGCUGCCCUCCAAGUAUGUCCCACCGCCGGCGGGGACCGGCGCUCGCAAGUAUUCGCUACGGCCAUCGGAUAAGACUCAGGAGGCGCGUCGAGUGCUGUUGAGCGAUAUCAACUUUACCAGCAUGGUGCCGGAGCUGUCCCGUUCGGCGGAUCAUCUCUGCCAGCACCAGCAAGAGUCGGAGGAGCACAAUGACGAGAACCGGUCGCCCAACUACUGCAAGGGCAACCUGCUCAAGACGCCGGAGGCCGGCAAGGGCAUUCCACCAAGCUUCAGUAUGACCUCACCCGGAGUUUCCCAGUGGACCGUCAACGAAAGUAGCAUCGCGACCCAGACGACCCAAACGGACGCCUACUGGGCGGAUCGAGGAGACUCGUUUGACUCGUCCAAGAGCUACUCGCUUGGUUCUCGCUAUUCAACCCUGAGCAAGCACCACCGGUCGCGAAGUGUCCCCUCGAUCCGGUGCGCCAUCUGCCGCCAGAAUCACGCCUCAACCAGUCUACGACCGUCGGAAUCGAUGCACUACACCCCGCGGGUCACCUUCCAAGAACCCUCGCACAAGAUCCGCGGAUCGCUUCCAGAUCUCCGCCACGACUGUAACUGUCCCAGGAGGUAUGGCGGGCCGUCGCUCUAUCGGAUUCACGGAGAUUCCGGCGGUUCGACGGACAGUUUGCUAGAGGAAGCAGAGGACUUCCUAAGGCGGUCCAUCGAGGGGAACAUCAUGUUGGAGGACCCGGGAGGUGGUCACUGCGAGCCACCGCUGCCUCCGGCACCCCCGAUACAUCAUCACCACGUCGGACCGGCCAAGCAUCGACGGUGCUCGGAGAAUGACAUUCAACGAGAUUACAUCCCCUCGAAACAGGCACUGCCAUUUCUGCCAAAGACCGCCAAAUGUCUCAAACCGGGCCACCUGGCCAAGGUGAUAGCCCGCAACGGGCGUGUCGUGGUCGGCCGGGUGCGCUACAUCGGCCCACUGGUGGCCGCUAGUGCCGACGGAGUGGUUCAACCCACGGCGGACCCGGACGAGGCCUACGUUGGCCUACAGCUGCCCAACAACCUGGGCGAUUGCGACGGAUCGAUCGACGGAAAAAAGUUCUUUGAAUGUGAACCCCAGCACGGCAUAUUCGUCCCCUUCAAGAAGGUCGUCAUGGCUUGGAACUCUUAAAGCACCACUUCACAUAUACUCGGUGGGAAAAAUCGACUGCUUUUGCGUCUGGGGGGACGACGAGGAGUGCGGCCUAUACAUUUCUACUGGAACCUGGAGGACAUCUGUUUGGUAUGGCCUUUGAUAAGGGGGGAGAAAUAUUGUCAAACCGCGAGAUAUUUCAGGAUCCCCGGGGAAAAAGCUCGUAUAAGGUUCCGAUGUUUCCAUCAAAAUUGAGUUGAUCGAUGUUCUGACGGAGAAGACAGUUCAGGUCAGGUUCAAAUUUUCAUGUCUCGCAAUUUAAAUAAAUAAUAAGUGGCUGGCUGGCGAAGGCUGCUACUGCGAAAAUGACGAUGAAAAUGUUGCAGAGGGGAAAUAUUUCUGGAAAUAAAGCGAAAAGUUGUCUAUCGAAAUUGGAGCGAAGCGACCAGACGAUGGAAAAGUUGUAACUGAAGCAGCUAUAGACUGAAAUAACGAGCAGAGAAUCACAACAACAAAUAGAUGCUGAGUAUAAGGACUCAUUGAAGUGGAAUUGUCGACGGUGGAAAUCGUUUCGGUAAUUGCCAUUUUUUGACUGUGUUUGUUGCAGGAGAGAAAAGGCACGAUUUCAUAAAGUGAGACAUUGUAACACAAAAAAAAAGAAUUCAUCUAAUUAACCUAGCUCCGUUUAAGCCCGAAAUACUUAAUACAACUAUGUCAAGAUUCAAGCCGAAAAACUUUCCAAGAAGUGUCACCCCGAAAAAGGAGCUGGAUCGCUGGUCCCAGCUGCUGGCCGUAAAAGUUUUGUUUUUUUUUUAUCAUAACUUCCCGAGAAAAAUUCACCGGAAAAGCUGGACAGAAAAAGAGGAUGAAAAAAUGUCGCCAAUUAUUGAUUAAUUGGACGAUGAAGCGAACAUGCAGAGUUCCGGGGCAGAACAAAUGAAACAAUUACAAAAAAUAACCCGAACGAACGCUUG